CUUCAGCUCAGAGCGAUGAAGCUCUUCGGCUGCCUCUUCCUCUUCUCCUUGGCCCUGGGCGCCCACAGUCAAAACUGGUUUAUGGAUUCUGGAAGAUUCAUUAAGCAGGCUGCUCAAGGUAGUUGGGAUAUGUGGAGAGCCUAUAGGGACAUGCGUGAAGCCAAUUAUAAAAAUUCCGAUAAAUAUUUCCACGCUCGAGGGAAUUAUGAUGCCGCUCGAAGGGGACCCGGAGGCGUCUGGGCAUCUGAAGUUAUCAGCGACGGCCGGGAAUUCCUGCAGGGAGGCUCCAGCGGGAGGGGAGUGGAGGACUCGCGGGCCGACCAGGAGGCCAAUCGCCACGGACGAAGCGGAGGAGACCCCAACCGCUACAGGCCGGCCGGCCUGGACAAGAAGUACUGAGCCACGAGUGUCCCCCCCUUCUCUCUCCCCUCAGACCGUCAUCUCCCCGAGAGCGGGGCCCCGUCUCUUCGCUGCCCAGCCCCGACACCGUGUUCGCUCAAUAAAUAUCCCGCCGAUGAUCCUAACUG